AUGGCACAACGUACAGCUAAUUGGCAUCAUUUGAGCACCAAUGUGUUGCCGAAGUUAGGCUUGCAUGUACCAAACAUGAUCAUGGUUGACAUUACCAAUGGAGCUCGUCGUGCUGUCGAACUGUUUCUUCUUCAGUUACGAAAAACACUUCAAGAAUAUACGAUUCGUAUUCAGCAAACAUUAUACGAACAAGGAGAGACAGGACGUUCAUACAAUGUUGGACAUCAUCGUUUGCCACAAGUUCCAACGACAGCAAGGCAAACUGCCUCUCUGCCUGCUAUUACAGGUGCCAUUCCACCUGGUAGUACAGGUACCAAUCUAUCUGUUAUUACAGGUGCCAAUUCGUCUGGUAUCACAGGUGCUAACCGUAAUAUCGAUUCUCUGGCCCCCUGUAGGGAAGCAUUACGACUCAAAGAUGAAGAACUCGGUGAGCUUCGAAAAAAAGUGAAAACAUAUGAAAAGCUACUUCGAGAAAAGGUGAAAACGUAUGAAAAAUUGCUUCGUACUAAAGAUAAUCGAAUUCAAGAAUUGGAAAUGCGACUUGGAAAAGCGAAGAUUAAAUGA